UCAGGCACACACAGAACCUGCAACAGAGUUUCAACUAUGAGUCCCCAUCGCGCCCAAAUUGUCAGUGCUAUUUUGCUGCUGAUUCUGGCAAUUAUUGGGAUUUGCUUGUUGAUCCUUCCAGUAAAAGAGGUGAAGAUGCCUGCUGAGAACAUGUAUGGAAUUGUACUUGAUGCAGGGUCCUCCCACACCUCCUUGUACAUCUACACUUGGCCAGCUGAGAAGCAAAAUGGAACUGGUAUUGUUACCCAGCACAGUGAAUGUAAUGUGGAAGGUGGUGGGAUAUCUAGUUAUGCUGGAAAACCUGGUGGUGCUGCCAAGAGUUUGCAGGAAUGUAUGAAGCACGCACUAAAGGAGAUUCCGCAAUCUAGACAUCACCAGACUCCACUUUGCUUGGGUGCUACAGCAGGGAUGAGGCUACUUAGCAUAAUCAAUCAUACAGAGUCUGGACGUGUCCUGCAAGAAGUACAGAAUGAACUGCAGUCUUACCCUUUCCUGUAUAAGGAAGCCAGAAUCCUGACUGGGCAGGCCGAGGGGGCCUAUGGCUGGGUCACAGUCAACUACUUACUUGAAAAUUUUGUUAAGUAUGGUUUUGUUGGACGUUGGCUGAAUCCAGGAAGAAGCACAACUGGAGCUUUGGAUUUAGGUGGAGCUUCCACUCAGAUUACAUUUCAAACCUCCCAAAAGUUGGAGAACCAAGAUAAUCUGAUGAAACUAACCCUUUAUGGAAAAACCUACACAUUGUACACCCAGAGUUUCCUGUGCUAUGGACAAGACCAGUUUCUCAGGAAACUGUUGGCUCAUCUUAUCCAGAGGCAACAUGCGACAGGACAUCUAAUCAACCCCUGCUAUCCACGAAUGUUUAAUAUUUCUAUGAACCUAGAGAAAGACAUCUUUGAUUCUCCUUGUACAAAGGAAUACAGACCAGCCCAAUAUUCUCAGAUGACUAUAAAAGUGGUGGGCAAUGGAGAUUACAACCAGUGUGUCAAAACUGUAUCUGAAAUCUUCAAUUUUAGCCACUGUUCCUACUCAAUGUGUUCCUUUGAUGGAGUGUUUCAGCCAAAGGUGACAGGGAGCUUCAUGGCAUUCUCCGCUUUCUACUUCACUCAGAAAUACAUCAAAGAAAUUACCAACAUAACGCUCACAUCGCCUAGCCGUGCUGUGGAAGCAGCCAAGCUUAUCUGCAAUAUGACUAUCAGAGAGAUAAUGGACAAGACAAAUCAGUCAGAGAAAUACAUGAAGAAUAUCUGUGCCAUGUCAAAUUUUGUACAGAUUCUAUUAACCAAUGCGUACCAUUUUGAUGAGGCUUCCUUUCCUUCUAUUUCCUUUCAGAAGAAGGCAGGGGGAGCUUCUGUGGGAUGGGCUUUGGGAUAUAUGCUGAACGUGAGCAAUGAAGUGCCAGCAGAGAGUCUUAGCGUGAUGAAGGCUCUCCCCCCGAAAUGUUGGAGUGGCAUCAUCUUCCUCUUUGUUGUAUUUCUUCUUUUUGUUCUGGUAUAUGGCAUGAUGAUCUGCAGCAAUGCAAACAUUAGAGGAGAAGAUUUCCGAUUCUAAGGGUAACACACCACCUGAAUUUUUUUAAGAGCUAAGAAGUUUUUUUUUCUUCAGCAUUUGGUUUAUAAAACAAAUUUGUAACCACAACUGUUUGUAUAAAAUUAAACUAACCAAGAACUGUCACCAGCAAAGCAAUCGUCUAAUAUAACAUGUUGAACAAACAUCAUACUCUGCUCUGAAAAAUAUUGGCUCUCAGUGGAGACUCUCUAUAUGGAUUUCUUCUGUUUUUAUUUUGCUAUUAUAAAAACUGGAAUUUUUAGAUUGGCCAAGCAAACUUUGAAUUCACGGUGGUAAAUCUUUGAAAGCACUUGAGCUUAAAGGUAUAGUGGAGGAUCUUUGCAGAUUUUUGAAAAGACCCACCCUCUCCAAUUAAAAAAAAUGCACAUGCACAACACAACAACUGUACCUGCACCUGAGAGGGAAUGACUAUUAAUCACAUGCAUGAGCGCAUUUCUCCUUGUGCACGUUCUCUUUAAAAGUUGCUGUUUGCAUUGCUCAUACAAGCUUACUUUUAGGGAUUUGUAGUUUUUCCACUG